GUGGUGUAGUCGCAUGGUAGCGGCUACGCAGGAGGAGACAGGCCGUGAAUGUUAAUAGUUCAACUUCGGUGUUAUGUAACGCGGUCACUGGCCUGCUUGUUUCCUCCAUGAAGGCUAAAAAGCGUUACUUUCUAGUUUUAAUAAGCUGCGCGUUUCUUAUACUGUGUUAUUUCGGAAAGUACUAUUUGUGGACAAAUGGCAAGAGGGAAGCCAAGGGCUUUAGCUACACGAAACAUAAGCUUCAGAGCUAUUUGUCUACAAAGGAAGUGUACGGGGGAAAAGAUUCAACUGUUUCCCCGAGGUCCAGAAGAAAAGAAAAAGUCAAGACAACAGAUACUGUCAAAUGUAACAUGGCUAGAUGCUUUGAUUUUUCGCGUUGUAUCGAUGACUUUAAAGUGUACGUUUAUCCAGUCGAAGAUAGCAUAUCACCCGCUUACCAAAAAAUCCUAAGUAUUAUUCAAGAAUCGAGAUACUACACCGACGAUCCUAGUCAAGCUUGUUUGUUUGUGCUUUCUUUAGAUACAUUGGACAGAGACCACCUUAGCCCAGACUAUGUGAAAAACAUUCAUUUAAAACUGCAUCAACGAGCUAAGUACUGGAACAAUGGUAGAAAUCACGUGUUAUUUAACCUUUAUUCAGGUACUUGGCCUGACUACAUCGAAGAUUUGGGUUUCGAUGUCGGACAAGCCAUAUUAGCAAAGGCGAGCACAUCAGUGUCAAAAUUCAGACAAUAUUUUGACGUAUCUAUUCCAUUGUUUCCUAAACAUCACCCCAAAAAGGGUGGUGAACGUGGCACCCUGACUUCAAAUAACUUCCCCGUGAAUAAAAAAUAUACGUUAGUAUUUAAAGGCAAGAGAUACGUGCAUGGCAUCGGUUCAGAAACUAGGAAUUCUUUGCAUCAUAUACAUAAUAAUAAAGACAUAAUUCUUGUUACAACAUGUCGUCACGGAAAGUCGUGGAAACAACUGAAGGAUGAACGAUGUGAGACAGAUAACAUUGGAUUUGACAGGUCAUUGGUUUGGCCAAACUUGGUUUACUGUAUUCAGUCUUUGGCUCAGAAGAGGGGUAAUAAGAUGGUAUCUGGGAUGAAAAGUUUGUCAUAUAAGGACAGGUUAAAAUCUCUGAAUCUGUUUUCACUUGAUAAAAGGAGGGUUAGAAGGAAUCGUAUUGAGGUGUUUAAGAUUGUUAAAGUUCCUGAUAUUAUUCGUUCGAUUAACAAGACCCGUGUGCAUGCGCUUCGACAACAUACGCGAAUUAUGUGGGACAACUAUUUUUCAUCGAUAGAGAAAAUUGUGAUGACAACUUUGGAGAUUAUUAGGGAUCGAAUAAGUGCUCAAACUGCGAGAAGUUAUGUUAUUUGGAAUAGUCACCCUGGAGCACUUUUAUCACUUCCUCAGUUCUCAGACAUUUUACGAGAUUUUCCUUUUUAUUGGCGCCACCUGGCAGCAUCCAUAAGCCCUAAUUUUACAGCCAUUAUCUAUGCUACAAUGCCUAUCAUGUCUUCUUCUUCUCCGCUUGCACGGCUUAUCAAGAACGUUGCCAAAUCUUCGUUUGCUUCAAGAAUUUUGGUUUUAUGGAACGGAGAAACAGCUCCCCCUAUUGCCAAUAAAUUACCUCAAGUCUCUGUGCCGGUCAACAUUAUUCAGCCGCCCCAAAAGACAAUCAGUUCUCGCUUUCACCCACACCCUCUUGUUCAAACUGAUGCUGUACUGAAUCUGGAUGAAGACGCUGUUCUCACUACAGAAGAGGUGGACUUUGCUUUUAAAGUGUGGCAGUCAUAUCCAGAAAGGAUUGUUGGAUACCCUGCUCGAUCACAUUACUGGGAAGACAGUAAAUCCUGUUGGGGAUAUACUAGUAAGUGGACCAAUGAAUAUUCGAUGAUCCUUACAGGGGCUGCUUUCUACCACAGGUACUACAACUACUUGUACACUUUCUAUCUACACAACCUAUUGCACAAAACUGUGGACCAAUCGCAGAAUUGUGAGGAUAUUCUGAUGAACUUUCUAGUCAGUCAUGUAACCAACUUACCACCAAUCAAAGUGACCCAACGAAAGCAAUACAAGGAAACCAUAGCAACAGAUGGCAAAACGUACCCAACUCCUUGGAACGACCCUGACCAUUUUGUCCAAAGACAGAUCUGCAUGAACACCUUUGUUGACACAUUUGCAUACAUGCCUUUAGUGAGAUCAAGUCUUCGCCUCGAUCCUGUACUCUUUAAAGAUCCUGUGUCUAAUUUACGUAAGCGGUACCGGAAACUGGAGCAGGAAGGCUGGAAAUGAGAGUUAAGAACGUUUUUAAGUGCCAUUACAGUGUUUGUAAAAAAACAACAAAAACAAACAACGGCGUUGACCAAGAUCUGAUUCUGUUAAUAAAAAUAAAAGAAAGGAGCUCUUUGGUUGGUCAAUCUAAUGUUCAGAAAAACAGCAAUAAUAAAAACCUGAUUUUUAUGCUGUAUUGAUUAUAGCUCCUCAGUCUGACUAUUGAACUUGUAGACAAGGUCAGCUGUCAAUCAUGUGCCACCUAAUAGUUUGACCACACCUAUCUUGAUUCUUCAGAAUAUUCACAUGUUAAAAUGUAAAUAAACAACAAUAUACAUAUAAUACUACACCUAAGUUAGAAUAGUUCCUUCGCUCGCCGUGCUUUUUGUCUUAUCAAUAACUCAGUCGCAUGUUGACCUGUGAUCAUUCAGUACGAAAGAAAGCUAUGCUCCAUAUGAAAUAUAUUAUUCAUCAAGAAACACUACAAGAUAAAAAAGAGCACUAUUUAUACAGAAAAAAGAUAGUUAUCCGUUCUGAUAGUAAAAACAUUUGGUUUCCAUGGCAACGUGCAGAAACUUUCGUGGAAUCUCAGACUCACGAUACGCUUCUUCUUGAAGGUUAUUUUUCAGUCUUGGUGAGAGAGUCUAGUUGACAUCUGGUAUCAGCUACAGCCUCGUGAAACGGAGUGAGAACUGGUAAAAAUCCUAUAGCUUAUGGAACACAAAAUAGUACACUUUGUUAGAAAAACAAAUCAAAACGCUAGCAUUAACUUAUCACAAACUAAUUAAUAAAAGUAUUAAUGUAACUUAAUAAAAUUUUGCUUUAUUAUCAAUGUGAUAUAGGAAAUAUGAAUUUUCCAAGUGUAUUUCCGUAUGCUUAUGCAGAUAGUGAAAAUUUCUGCAUAUAAUUUAAAAUGACGAUACAUCUUAAUAAUUGGGCAUGUAAUUUCAUCUGUUUACAUAUCUCGUGAAAACAUAGCUAUUUAAUAUUUUCAAUAUAUUUAAGAAAUAUAAGUGUACUUUGCAGAUCAGUCAAACAUUUCCAUAUUUGAGACUAAUAAAAGAUUUAUUAGAACAACAACAUUUUAAUUUUUUUUAUGUGAAACGCUUUUAAAAUAAUAAUUGACUUCAGUUUUCUAGAGAUCUAAUGCAAGUUCACCACUGUGUAACACGACAAGACUGCAUAUUUUGAGAACUAGAAACCUAAAACUUUAUGUUCUGCUAUUCCAUGUUAUAAAGUUGACAUCCUCUUUUAAAGUAGAAGAUUUGUAUUUAAUGUGUUUCUUGCUCUUAAGAUAAUUUACUAAACAACAAGAAUUUAAAGGUGAAAAGCCCCCCAGUGGCUUAGCGGUAUGUCUGCGGACUUACUACGCUAGAAUCCGGGUUUCGAUACCCGUGGUGGGCAUAGCACACAUAGCCCAUUGUGUAGCUUUGUGCUUAAUUACAAACAAACAAAAACAAACAAUUUAAAGGUGAAAAAAUGUUAUCGGUUAUCUCUUCAAGUGUGGUCGAAACCAAAUAAUACAAAAUUGUAAACAGUUUAGCUUAUUUAGUAAUAAUUCUUAUAUUUUGUACUGUCAGUUUCGGUUUAUGUUUUAGUGAACGCUCCUGUAGAAGCUGUAAAGCGAAACGUUGAGUGUCUAAUUAAAUAAAAGCAACAAUUUGGUGUUAAAAGUGGCGUUUAUUUCUAUUAUUGAUAAUAAGAAAAUUGCCCCUUUUAAUUAAAGAACCAGUUAUUACAUUUAUUGUCUCGAGCUGAAACUUAUAAUAUAAUCACUUGCAAAACGACAGAGGCCUGAAAAAAAAAACAUAUUUCGUAUCGCAUACUGUCUUUUCAAAUGAUUACAUCUUAUACUGUAAAAUUAAAAUAACAACAACAACCUCGAUUAAGAAAGUGUUAAUUACUAGAAUACAACAUGCAGCUUAACAUAUAUCAACAUGGUGUAUUCUGUAAAUAUGACUAUAAGGAAUAUUUUAUUUAUUGACUUUGAACGAUGUUUUUCACGUACAUAAUUUUGAUUCUUUGUAUUCACUAGUGAAAAACAGCGCAUUUAUAAUGGGUAUGUAUAAAAAGUAGAAAGUUUAUUUAUUACGACCAAUAAUCUGAUUAAAACUGUAUGAUUAGAAAGUUGAGUACGUUAUAUUAAAACAAUUGUUGGAGCCUCAAAACGUCGUUGCAGUCCAUUUCGCCACUUUCGAUCAUGCUCUAUAUAAAAACUGCUCAUCUUGAAAACAGCCCUGCAGCGUAUUUUCCAUAGUAAAAGGCUCGGUCGUAGGGCUGUCUUUUUAGAAGUACACUCCUCUCUGCAAGCAUUCCAUAAUCCUUCUAGCGUGAGACGGUGUUUAUACAGCAACCGUUUCAAUCGAAUGGAAGAGCACAAAUGGCCGUUUCUUCUUUCUCCAACUGCUUGGUAUGUGACAGUUUAAUGGAAGGUUAUGACUAAAACAUUUAUUUUGGUGAGCCCGUAAUCUGUUGUUGUUGUUUUUUCAGACAGAGAUACUGUUGGGUACUGUUGCUUGGAGCACGUGGGUAGCUUUUGCCAUUAACUUUUCUGUUCAUGGAUUCUCACUUGUUACAAGAUAACGCAUUUUGCUUACAAUGGCUGGGAUAUGACUUGUUGCACACACUUCCCAAAAGCAUCACACUACCUUCGUAAUGCCAAGCAAUGUGAUAAUAUAGUUCUGAUUCGUUCCGUUCCACCGCGACUUUAUACCGGCUGUGAUUGUCGUGUGACUUGCUGAUUUGCAUAUUGAAAUUUGUUUUAAUACAACUUACUCAACUCUCAUUAUAAUGCUAUUUCAUAAAAUUGCAUGCAUGCGAUUAAAGAACUAAAAACUCAGCUGUCAUAUUAGUUUCAAAUUAAUGGUAUUGUAUUUGAAUUGAUAAAAUGUUUUGGAUUGGAUUAUUUUUAAAGUUCAGUUUGAACAUUCUCAGUUCCUGUUGUUUUUAAGAUUCAACCUAUGUUUAAUGCCUUUAGUCUACAGCAUUUCUAUCUGAAGACUACUAUCAUUAUUAUAAUAGCGUUGAACUGUUGGUUAAAAUUGAAAGGAGACUUAAAUUAGAAACUCUAAUUGCAAUUUCAUUUUAUGCUGUUUUCUGAAAUACAUACGUUGACACAAAUAUCUGUUGAAAAAAUACAAUUUGUUUGCAUUAAAAAUCACAAUUUGAUCA